AUGGUGAGACACACACAGCGCCUUUUGCACAUUCGAGCAUUUCUCGCCGUCUACCUGUGUCAGAUUCCAAUCACCAUGCUGUUGCCAACAACCAAAGCUCAGUGUGUUGCCAAGCUUCAGGAGGAAGGGGUGAAUGUUCCUUCCGAGUGGACACUUCUUCAGAUCAAAGCGCACUAUGCAGAGAUCAUCGAGACUCAGAAGCAACAGGGCAAUUCCAAAAUGCUGGAGGAGUUGGUGGACCUACGUCGCAGUGCCAAGAAGAAAGCCGACCUGCAGAGCCAAGCUAUGUGGAUUGGUGCACACAAAGGGAUCUUUACCUACAUCAAGACGAUGAAGGAGCCACCACAAGACACCAAGGGCUACAAGAGCAAGACUUCAUCGGGCCCCAGUGGACACAGCUGGGACAGCGACCUUUCAGAUCGCGACCAUUGGGAGAAAGACGAGCAAGACAAGGCAGAGAUCGAGAAUCGCAUGGGCAUUCCGGGAGGCAAGAACACAAAGCCCAAGGAGAGCAAGACCGAAGUCGAGAUCGCGAACGAACUCUUGAAGGCACAACUCAAGGAGAUGCAGGCCACCAAUGCAGAGUUGGAGCUUCAAGUGAGUCGUGUGAAGGGCCGGAAGGAGAUGUAG